AAGAAGUAAGCUGCCGGCAGCAGCCCUCCCUUGAAGAAAAACCAGUAAAGCUUGGUGAUUUCUCCUUUCUUUUCUUGCUCAAUAACAAGCUUUAGGACUUAGAACUCUCUCUCUCAACCCAGAAAUUCCAGAUUUGCUCUGCUCUGUCUUCACCGCCUGCUGCUCUUGGAGUGGGUGCGAAUUUCUCUGAUUUUUGGAUUUCCCGAAUUUUCCCCUGCACUUCCCGCCGGCUCUUCCCUAAACUGCAGUUUCGAUUUUGCUGGAAAAUUGUGGAAACGAAGUCAAGGAUGGGGAAAAACGAGGGGAGUGACGAGUUAGAAGGCUAGCCAUCUUGUAAAUUGGACAUAGAUUUUAGAUAUAAAUCACGAUCUUGUAAGCUAGACUUUAUUUGGAGAUUUUAUGAUAUUAGAGCAAAUUUUAUAAUUUUAUCUUCAUAUUUUAUGAGCUCAAGAAAUGUCGGUGAAUGACCCUCAAGGCAUCUGCAGGGGCUUAGCUUGCCCCAUCCUUGUCUCUGCUGGGGAUCCUCCUCUUGAACUCGCCUCUAGGGCUCAAACGAGUUUGGCCGUUGCAACAGUUGAGUGGAAUCUACAAUAUCCACGCAACAAGAACUACAACAAUCCACUAUAAAAAAAUAUAACAAAUAAAAAAAAAUCAUUAAUAAAUUAAUUUAAAUGCA